AGCAGCUGCGCCUUUGGUGCGAAAGGGUUUCUUUCAUUGUCGCGUUCAUCUCGCUUUAUCAGUCCUCCAACCGCCAAACCCCUUCUUCGUGGCAGUGAAACGAGCUAUUUGACGGCGAUCCAGCGAGCCUCAAACACCGGUUGUGCUUCCCGGCAAGGAAAACCGUGGAGCUACUCUUCUCUGUUUGCUUCAUAGAAUACUCUACGUGAUGUUUCGCGAUCGCAUCCGUGUUCGGCCAGCCGGCGGUCGCCCGUCCUUCGGCUCCCGCGACGUUCUCGCCGACGACGGCAUGGACGGGGAGGAUGGUCGCCCCUACCGCCGUCAAGGUGCCGCAGCCGACAACGCCUUUGCGUCCUCGCUGAAUUUCUCCCACCGCGGCGAGGCGUCUUCGUCCGCGGAUUUCGCAGCGGCGCCGUCGGGAGAAGCGUGGCCCUAUGCCUGCCGCGUGGCCCGGCUCGCUCUCGACACCGUCAGCAGCGUCUUUGGCGCCUUAGGCACCCGCGCGGGCGACGAGGCGAAGGUCCACGACGGUUUCGCCGGGACGACGGCAGUGCUGCGUUCAGCAGCGGCGCCACCCACAUUGUCGUCUCCCACCGUGCCGCCCAACACGCCGUACGACGCGAACGUCGCCACGCCCCCCACCUCCCAUUUCCACUGUGCGCCGUCGGCGGAGGGGGCGUACAGCGCUGAGCCCGCUGAGGGGCGUCCCUCCGGCCUCAUCGAGCGUCGCAGUGCUCGCGGCUACGCUCAUGACUAUUCAAGUGCACGUGUGCCGCUUCGAGACCAGCCGGCGAUGGACCAGCCGAACGUGGCCGCGGCGCCGCGUGCUGCAGGGUCGGUGUACUUCUCUCCGCCACCAUCCGUGCGCGAGGCCCCGCAGUACCAAAUCACGGUGAAUCAAUACUUCGCCGCACCGGAGCGCAGCGCCUAUCCCGUUGUGGCGACCGCACCCAGCUACCUCGAGCCGCGCCGCAGCACCGCGGUGGGGUACCGCCCGCGCGUCAGUCUUCUCACCGUGCCAUCUGCCAUCCACCCACACACGAAGCGGGAGCGCUCGACCACGUCGGCGACGGCGACCACGAGGGCGUCGGAGGCCCUCGCAGCGAAGGCGGCCAAGACGACGUCGACAGCGGCGGCGGUGAACGCGUUGGACGUGUCGCUCAGCAACGCCCCCUCCGCCAUUCCCCUCGGCUCCCCUGAGAACUCCCUCACCGUGCCCAUCUCCUUCGCAGGCAGCGGUGGCAGCGCCCCGCUCUUCGGCAGGGCCAAGAAGGCGGAGGAGUCCGCCCCGGCGAAACCCGCGGAGUCAGGCCCGCUUUUCGGUGCCAAGUCGGCGACCCCGGUCACUCCAGCCUUUGUCUUCGGUGCGAAGCCGGCCGCCACCACCACCACCGCCACCACACCGGCCUCGGCUCAGCCCUUUGGCGGAUUUGUGAAGAAGGGCCCACCGGCAGUUGUGGCGGACGACUACGGCUUCGCCCCCAACGCGGAUGAUGGCGAUGCGGACGACAGCAAAAACAAGGACGCGGACUCCGCCACCACUGCGGCGAAGCCGUUAGGCUUUUCAUUUCACGCAUCGGGGCUGAAGCCGGCUUUCGCUAGCCCCGGCACCACGACGACGGCGACGACGGCCUCCGCGCCAGCAAAGGCAGCACCGCUCCCCAAUCCGUUUUCUUUCAGCCCGAAACCGAAGGAAAAGACGGGUGACGCGCCACCGGCCUCCACGACAGAUUCUGCCACUACGUCGGCGAGUGCAGCACCCAAGGGGAACGGCUUCGUGAAGGCUGGGCCACCCGCCGUCAUGCCGGAUGACGACGGCUUCGCCUCCGGCGCGGACAGCGAUGACGAGGAUGAGGCGAAUGCGCCGGCGAAGACGGAGAGCGCAACUGCGACGAAGCCGCUGGGCUUCACCUUCAACUCCGCGAGUUUCAAGCCGGCCUUCAACAGCGGCUCUCCGCCUCCCUCCACCGCGCCAAAGCCCUUUUCAUUUGCCGCGAAGCCGGCAGAGACUGCAGCGCCCCCCGCCGCGCCCUUCGGCAGUUUUGUGAAGGCCGGGCCGCCCGCCGUCAUGCCGGACGACAGCGGCUUUGCGUCCAACGCGGACAGCGGCGGCGAGGACGGGGAGGACAACGUCAAGAAGACGAAGACGGACACUGCGACGCGCGCCACGGCGCCGUUUUCGUUUAGUGCCAACGCCACCGGCGUGGCGAAGCCCGCGUUUGGCACGGGAGGCACGACGUUCGGCUCCUCUUCAACGCCCGUCAACAACAGCAGCAGCCCCUUCACCUUUGCUGCAGCGGCGUCGUCCCCGUCGUCAGCCGAGGCGCCGGCGAACCCCUUCAAGUUUACGCCAUCGCCCACGGCUGGCAGCCCCUCCGCCGCCACGUUUGGCUCUACCGGCUCGUCACCUUUUGGAACCGGUCAGUCGGUCAACUUUACCUUUGGAAAACCGAAGUGA